AUGUGGAACGACAUGAACAGGGCCGGCGUCACCUCCAUCUCGCCCCAGGAGGCCAAGGAGCGCGUCGACAGCGGCGAGUGGGUCCUUGUCGACAUCCGCGAGCCGGAGCUGUACGAGAAGGCGCACCCGACGGGCGCGGUGUCGGUGCCGCUCUUCGUGAAGAUGACGAUGGAGAACGUGUCGGGCGUGGGCGACAUCCUCAAGGGCGCGAUGCUCUUGAGCAACGGCGUGACGCCGGUCAAGGGCAACCCCACGUUCCUGGAGGACCUGAAGAAGGUCGCGGAGGCCAAGGGCGUGAUCCUGUACUGCGAGGCCGGUGGGACGCUCAAGCCGACGACGAACUUCCCGUACGGGAAGCAGAGCCGCAGCCUGGUCGGGACUUCGAAGGCGCUGGACGUGGGCAUCGAGAACGUCGCGCACCUGGACGGGGGGAUCUACGGGUGGUUCAACGCGGAGCUGCCCAUGGACGGGGAGUACGACGCGUCGAUGGUGGGCCGCACGCCGAACGCGGCGCUGGCGGCGACGUACCCGACCAAGGACGAGCCGUACUAG